AUGUCUACUAUACCAAACGACGUUCGUAAUUAUAUAAAAUUAGACCGUUUGAUAGGUCAUUCAUAUGGCACACUUCGACAAUUAUUUAAAACGCGCUAUUCAUUGUUCAACAAUGGUCAAGUAUGGGACGAUUCACCAACAUGUGGAGGAAAUUAUUAUACGAAUGUCAUUGCGAAAAAUAAAGGAUUUCAUUUGACUUCAGUUCAAAAGAUUUCGGUUCAAAGUGGUAACUCAAGUGAAUGGGAUCUAACAACGUUAACCGCUCUUUUAUCGAAUAUUGGCCGACCAAAAACAUUAUCGAAUGCACAAAUUCAACAGCUCCAAGUGGAAGAUAGUCAUUUAGUGCAAUUACGAACUAUUCGGAAUGAAUUAGCUCAUCACCCCACUAAAACCGUUUCUGAUGUUGAAUUUAAUCAACUUUGGAAUCGAAUAUCAACAAUUUUAGUUGCAUUUGGAGAAGAUGAUACUGAAUUGGAUAAGCUUAAAGAUGAUAGCUCGUUUAAUAGGAGCGAUCAACCAAUAAGCGAAGCGAAUGUUCAGGAAGCUGCACGCUUGAAUUCGCUUGGCACUCAAGCUCAUAAAGAUCGGAAAUAUUCUGAUGCAAUCGCAUUCUUUACCAAAGCAAUCACAUUAGCAGGUGUUAGCGAUCAUGAUCGAGCUAUUUUCUAUUCAAACAUGUCUUCUAGUCGUCUUGCAUUGUACGAAUUAAAAUUUGGCGCUUCGAGUGCAUCAGAGAUCGAGGAUCCUGCUGAUCUACGUUACCGUGUAUUACAGGACGCAAAACAGGCUCGAAAUCUUUGGCAAACAUGGUGGAAAGCACAUUAUCGUGUUGGCAAAGCUUAUGCCAGCUCAAAUGAACACGAAAAGGCAAUUAAAUCCUUUGAACGAGCAUUAGCUCUUGAUCCAUCUAAUGUUGAAGUACAAACUGCGUUAACUGACAGUCGACAGAUAUAUGGACGUCAAGUUCGUCAGGAACAUCUCGAUCCAAGACUACAACCAAAGACAAGAGCCGAAGUAUUAAACGAAAUGAAAGAAAACAUGGGCGUAAGUUUAGAACGCUCGCGGCUGGCAGAUAGCAUGAUUGGAAAAAUAAAUCCUACCGCAGGCGAUGUAUUACAAGGACAUAAAUAUGAACAUGGAGAUAUAGAUUGUAAACAAGAUUAUGAGCAAGCUGCCAAGUACUUCGCUAAAGCGGCAAGUCAAGGCAAUGCUGAAGGUUUAUAUAAUUUAGCUCGAUUAACUGGUCUUGGUUUAGGCGUUAAAAAAGACAUUCAAUUGUCUUAUAAGUUAUUGGAGCAAGCAGCUGCCCAGUCGCCUCAACAUCCAGUGCUGUCACACCUACCAAAUGUUGGUGUUGCAGAAGCUGAGCAUUCUCUCGGAUUGCGAUAUGCGGAUGGCGUCGGUGUUCAUAAAAACUUAGCGACAGCCGCAUACUGGUAUGAACGUGGUGCUAAACAUGGCUGUGCAAACUCAGCGAAUAAUCUAGGUGUAAUGUAUUUAGAGGGUGCUGGCGUUGAGAAGAAUCUCGACAAAGCCGAGCAACUGAUAGAAAUGGCAGCAAGAGGAGGCGACCCAAAUGCCAUGCAAACCUUAGCGACAAUCUUGUUUGAUAAAAAUGAUCUAAAAAUGGCCAAAGUUUGGUUUGAUCGUGCAUGCGAAUCCGGUAACGUUAUAGCUAAAACAAAUCGCAAUGAAUUUGAAAAGCGUUUUCAAGGAAAGCAGAAACUACUUGACGAAUAUCCUCCAGAGAAGUUACGCAUUAUGGAUGUUAUUCAAAAUAUGUUGGAUUCGUUUAAAUCCAAAGGAUCUGUCAGUAAUACGUCUAAUCAAUCCUACAUCGCUAAUUAUAAAGUAUUCAUUGAAUAUGCCAAUCGUGGUUCAUUAACAGCCAAGAAGAUGUACAAUGCUAUAGAACAUUUUUGCCGAGCAUUAUCCGUUCUUACGAAAUCCGAAACACUGUCCGAGCAAGAAGAAAAUCUAUUUAUACAAGAACUUUCGCAAUGUUAUCGCCUUGAACAUAUUGUUGCCCAAUAUUUCACAGUUGAAAUGCGUCAGAAAGCUUGUGAUACUGUCGACGGCGUGCUCCGGCGUUGCAAUACAUCGAAAGCUGAUGAUUCGUUACUCGACGAAAAUGCUCGAAUAUGUUAUGUUGUAUUAAAUAUGGAUUCGCUUGAAUCAAUUGAUCAAUUUCUCGUCCGGUGUAAACAAAAAUAUCCCAAAUCGACUUUUAUUUUCGAAUUAAGUUCCGCAAUAUACGGUUGGCUGAAACAAUACGAUGCGUCUCUUUACGAUAGUAACACGGGCUUAGAACUAGAUCCAAGUAAUUGUGAAAUAUUGUAUCAUAAAGCUGUCGCAUUACGUCUGCUCGGGAAGGAUAUGAAGGAAGCAAUUCAGGCUUAUCAAGCAUUUUUACUGGCAGCGCCCAACGAUCAUCGCAAAGUGCCUGAAUCUUAUUAUGCUAUGGCUAGCUGUCAUUUAGAUCCGAGUGCGCAGAAUGAUAGAAUAGAUAUCAUCAAGAAGUUAUAUGGACAAGGUGAAGAAGCAGAAAAAUUACAAUUACCGUGUUUCUUACCUUACAAGUCCAAUAGUAAAUUACUCAUUAAAAACAUGCUUAACAUGGAAACUUUGCUAAACGCGUCACCACCUUGUGUUGAUCUGAAAAAAAGACUGACGAAUCCGCAUCGUAUUGAAAUCAUUACACGGCAUCGUCAAUGGCAAGUGAGAACCUUUCAAAUGCAAAAUGAUUCGAAAUCCACUGCGGUAUUCAGAUCUGAAACACCUCCUGUUAAACAAAAAACAGCCAACUCAUUGGUUGGCUUGAAACAGAUUUCUUUGAGAGAAAUGGAUCCAACAAAGGAUCGUGUUUAUGAAGGAUAUGUUCUGUCUGUAACUAUUAUUGAAGAAGCUAUGUCUUGGUCUCCAUCAAUCCAUCUCGUGGUCGAAGAUGAACGCCACGAUUGUGAACAGAUGUGUAUUUACAAUUUUCCCAAUAACCAAGGACGCUAUCUAACGAGUACAACAUACACGAUUGGAACCAAAAUGAGUAUUGUAAAUCCGUAUUUGCGGUUGGGCGCAUACGAUCUAAAGCCGUUGAUCCGAAUCGAUGAUCCCUUAUCAAUUGUGAUGCACAAUGAAUCUGAGCGAGUACUGAAUAUGUGUCGAUGUUGUAAUCAACCGAAUGCACCACAUGUGUGUGGUCGAUGUAAACAAGCGCGUUACUGUUCACAAGAAUGUCAAGUAAUGGACUGGAAAACAUAUGAACAUAAAUUAUUAUGUAAAAAACAAUAG